GAUCGACGAUUUGUGUUUUCACAAGACUCCUAUACUGUUUACAUUCUGUACUGUUGGGUUUCUUCUCAGAUAAUAAUAUUAGCAUUGUUGCUGACAUUAGUUUGCUUAAAUAUUGUACCAACACUGCUUUGUUUAAACCAGCUCCACAGUUAGCCAAUAUAGCACAUCUCCUCAUCUGUAUUUAGAAAUAGAAGACUUUUAUCGUAUUUAAUUAUGAUUAUUUAACACCUUGAUCUAAUAAAAAGCUAACGUAAUAAAUGAAUGAGACAUAUAUUGCAUAUUGCAUUUCGAUAAAAUUCGAUGUUUCGAAAACAUAAUUCUAUUUUGAGAAAUAUUUUUUUUUACUUUUUGCUUUUCCCUUUAUUUAUGACUUAUUUAUGAUUUUAUUAAUUAUUGUAUUUAUAAAACGUAUUAAUUUAAUAGCUGAUUGUAUCUGAACAUUGUAACACUUGUGGGAGGUGGUAAUGGCUUUAAUGGGAUUCAUUCCAUCAAUAGAAAAAUAUCAUUUCGUACAGCUUUGUUUACAACAUUGAAAUUGUGGAGAGAUUACAGUAAAACUACACCAUCACCGGGGUAAAGCCGCUGCAUUACCGCUCAAAAGCACAUGCAGGUGCUGUUCGACUGUUGGUAGGCCAAGUCAUUGAGACAGCUUGUACAAUGCUGUAAUUUACUGUAGUUAUACACUAAAAAACUUUUUCACAGCAGAGGGCAACAUUUAUUGAGUCCUUUACUUGAUUAUUGCAUUUUCAAUAGAUUAUACAUAUUCUCCACUAUAUUUCAGUAAAAUAUAAAUGUUCACCAUUACAUUUAUUUGAUACUAGAGCCUUCAUACAGCCUACUAGAUUCUUUGAAAUCAAGAAUUCAGAUACAAAAUAUAUGACUAAUUUAUAGAAUAUCCUACACACCCUACACACUUUAAUUACAUUAUGCUGCUCAUUUCUCCCAGUGAAGUUAUGUCUUUUUUACCUGUAAUGGAAUAAUUUGACAGAGUGGUAUUACUGCUUUUAAGUAAAAGAUCUGUCCUUCUUCCACCACUGAUGAAAACAUUUUGACUUGCCAUGAAAGGCAGAGUAAAGGUGUACUUAAUAACAUUAAAAGAUUCCCAAUGCAUUGGUCUUCAUAAAGGCCCCUAAAAGAGCCUCAAAGAACAUAAAUACACACAGUCACUGCAAUGCAAAUUUAUAUGAGUGCAUCUGUGUGUAAUCUCUCACAAAAACACAGAGGAAGUAGCAGGCUUGUUUGCACCCCUCUGUAUUAAGCCAGAGCAUCAUUUAAAUAAAGAGGAAGCCACAAACGAGUGUGUAUGUGGGAUGGAGGUAGGACGGGGGGAGUCCACGAUGUCAGAGACAGAUCAGCUUUAUGUUUAUCAGUUCACGUUCUGUAAGCUGACUGCAAAGACGUGAAAGAGAAGCUCAGCCUCUCAAUCCGCCUGCUCCUACAUCUGGACCGGUCAUCAUGUACAGCAUCGUGGUGGAACACAUCUACCUCCUGGUCAUCGUCACCCUCAUCAGCGUACUUCAGAAUGCAUUCUUUGCCCUGAAGGUGGAGAAGGAGGGCAACUGUCAAAAUAUCCCCACAUCUGCUUUUGAACGAGUUUGUUGUGCCAACCGUAACUGCAUGGAUGCGUAUCCCACUUUCCUGGCAGUGAUGUGGUGUGCCGGUCUGUGUCUCAAUCAAGCUCCCGCUGCCUUCGCUGGGAUCAUCUAUCUUGUUGUCAGGCAGAAGUACUUUGUUGGAUACAUGGGACAAACCUCUCAGAGCACCCCAGGCUACAUGUUUGGAAAACGCGUCCUCUUCUUCCUGUUGAUGAUGUGCAUCGUGGGCAUCUUCAACUACCUGCUGGUGCACUACUACGGCAGCGACUAUAAGGAAUACGUGGAAAUCAUCACCAGCGCCGCAUCUGCUCUUCUCCUCAUCCCUUAGUGCAGUGUGUGUGUUUCAUGAUGGCAACAACACAUUUAUCUUUUAUCUGAUGACCACUGAAUUAAAACACUGGUUUUCUGUUGUUGUUUUGUAAAAGAGCAUUUAUUGUGUUUGAUAAAAAAUUAAAACUUCUCAUAAAGAAAUGCUGA